UCUUAACCCAACUUAUUGAAAAAAGUUGAUUUUGUUAUUAGUUGCGCUUGAUAAAAUUCACGUAAUAUAUUUGAACACAAGGAUUUAGGUUUUUUAUCAAAAUCGAAUAAAUAGUGCAUGACUGAAAUGUUUACCUUGCUAAAUCCUCAGUAAACUGCGAAGCCAGUUAUCACAAUAAUAUAGCACUCUCAUAAGAUCAUAGCAUAGCUUAGCAUCAUGGCUCAAAGUUCCCCCCUGAUACUGCGUCUUUUAGCUUCCUCCGUAACUGCUUCUGCUCGAGCUGGUAAAAUCAUCAAAGAUGUUAUGACUAGAGGAGAAUUAGGCAUUAUUGAAAAGGGCACAGAGAAAAAUGAUGUGCAAACUGAAGCGGAUCGUUCUGCACAAAGAUGCAUAGUUGCUUCACUCACCAAACAAUUUCCUAAUGUUACAAUUAUUGGUGAAGAAGGACCUCUAGGUGGAACAAAUGAGGUGCCAAGUGACUGGCUUGUGACUGAGAGUGAUCAAAGCAUUUUAGAUUUGAAUUGUCCACCAACUUUCAUUAACACAUCACCAGAUGAUAUUGUUGUUUGGGUAGACCCCUUGGAUGGUACAUCAGAGUACACUGAGGGUCUGUUGGAUCAUGUCACUGUACUUAUUGGUAUAGCAGUGCAAGGCAGAGCUGUAGCAGGUGUUAUCCAUCAGCCUUACCACAAUUACAAAACUGUAAAGGAUACCCCCGGCAGGACCUUGUGGGGUCUGGUAGGGCUUGGGGUGGGAGGCUUCACCCCUGUGGACCCACCUAAGGAUAAGUUUGUGAUUACCACUUCCAGGUCACACAGGGACAAAAUGGUGUCCAAUGCACUGGAAGCCCUAAGUCCUGAUGAAAUAAUCAGUGUAGGAGGUGCUGGUCACAAGGUACUUGUAGUUCUAGAGGGUAGGGCUCAUGCAUAUGUUUAUGCUAGCAGAGGUUGUAAAAAAUGGGACACUUGUGCCCCAGAAGCGAUUUUAGAAGCUUCUGGUGGUAGCUUGACUGACAUCCAUGGCAAACAUUAUAGUUAUGAUAAGGAUGCCCCUUUCCCAGAUGCACAGGGUAUAUUUGCUACAGCCAAGGGGGUAGAUCAUGGUGCCCUGAUAGGGAAGUUGCCACAGGAUAUUAGGGAUGCUUUUCCUUAUUGAAAAUCAAAAUGUAUUAAUUUACAGAUUUAUUGUAUAGCUUUAUACAGAAUAAACUUUUUUUUAUUCCUCAUUGAUGAUUUUUCAAGUGCAAGGUUAUGUUUUUUUA